AUGUCAAAUCAAUCAACAAUUUUCCCAUCAUUGAUUUUUAAUCUCAAUCUUCCAAAUCUUCAAAAACAUAAGGACAAUAUCCUACCUUAUCUACAUCUCUCCUCAUCCCCUACCCUUACUCAUCUUCCUCAUACUUUUUUCUUUAAUCGAUUGAAAAUAGGCUACAUCUCUCCUUAUUCUCUACCCUCACUCAUCUUUCACAUCCAUGUUUUUCUUCAACUGAUUUUAGAAAUCAACUUUGAAACCAUUACAAUCUUUAAUUCUAUAAAAGAGGUAAAACAUUCUAAAAAUUCCAUUUUAAUGGUUUUAAAACCCUAA